CAAAACCCUUGUAAUGAACAAAUCCCCAAAUUAGGGUUUCAAAAACCAUAUUCGGUCGAUUCAUAUCGUUCUUAUGUGAUUGCAUCUAUUGUUACGUUUAAUAAUGUCGUCGUCGCUGUUUAUGCAUCGGUUCGGGAAAACCAAGAGUUUAACGAAGAAGUCUACAAAGAAGUAUUUGGAAGUAGCGCUUUACAGGCGGCUCUUCAAAGAUGGUGGUACAGAGGUUAGUGUUAGACAAAACUUGAACCUGUUUCUUAAAUCCAGAAAGAAGGCUUACAAAUGGGAGGUGGAUCACACACUCAAAAUCCUGCGCAAUCGCAAGCGUUAUGCUCCUGCUCUCAAGCUGUCCGAAACUAUGGCUGAGAGGGGCAUGAACAAGACCGUCAGUGAUCAAGCUGUACAUCUUGAUCUUAUUGCCAAAGCACGAGGGAUAAGUGCUGCGGAGGCUUAUUUCGUUGAUCUCCCCGAACAAUCAAAAAACCACUAUACAUACGGUGCUCUGCUAAACCAUUACUGCAAGGAACUGAUGACAGAUAAAGCCGAGUCUAUGUUUGAAAAGAUGAAAGAAUGGAACUUAAAUUUAACCUCACUUCAUUAUAACAGCAUUUUAACCCUAUAUGAAAAAACUGGUCAACCCGAAAGAAUCCCAGAAAUCAUACGGGAUAUGAAGACAGCUGAGGUAAAACCUGAUGUUUUCACCUACAACAUCUGGAUGAGGGUGGUUGCUGCCAUGAAUGACAUUUCUGGGGUUGAACGGGUAAUCGAUGAGAUAAAGAGAGAUGAGGGAGUUUCUGAGGAUUGGACAACUUAUUCCAAUUUGGCAUCAAUCUACGUCAAUGCCGGUUUGACCAGCAAGGCAGAAAAGGCUCUGAAGGAAUUAGAAAAGAAAAACACCUACAAGAAUCUUUCUGCUUUUCAACAUCUAAUUACGUUAUACGGGAAGACCGGUAAUCUGGUAGAAGUCUAUCGUGUAUGGCGUUCUUUAAGGCUAGCUUUUCCCAAAACCGCAAAUAUUAGUUAUUUAAACAUGAUACAGGUUUUGGUCAAAUUGAAUGAUUUACCAGGGGCCGAAAAAUGUUUCAGAGAAUGGGUAUCCGGGUGUUCAUCAUAUGAUAUUCGGAUCGCGAAUGCCCUUAUAGGAGCUUAUGCCAAAGCCGGUUUAUUCGAGAAAGCCGAAGAACUCAAGGAGCUAUCAAGGAGGAGAGGUGCAAAGCCUAAUGCUAAAACUUGGGAGAUUUUCUUGAACUAUCAUUUAGAAAAAGGGGAUAUCGUAUCGGCUGUCAAUUGUAUCGAUAAUGCCAUUUCAACCGGCAGAGCGAACGGAGAAAAGUGGGUCCCGUCGUCUACAGUCGUUCAGAAAUUUAUGACGCAUUUCGAGAGCAGCAAAGAUGUUGAUGCUGCAGAAGGUUUUGUUCAGAUUCUGGAGAAGGUUGAAGAUAAUGUCGGUGUUGAGGUAUUAGAAUCUUUGAUCAGGAUUUAUGCAGCGGCCGGGAAAACGACUCCAGUUGUGCGUCGUAGGGUCAAGAUGGAGAACGUCGAAUUGAGCAACGAAGGUAAAACUCUUCUCGAAACUAUAUCGACCACAUGAGUUUUAUUUUUUUAGCAACCCAUCUCUUAAUUUUAAAGAGAUUUUAUGCAAUUUUGUUUCAAAUGUAAGAUUUGAACCUGUUUUAAGCUUAUUCUUCACUGUUUGAUGUCUUGGUUUGCAUUUGGACCUUAAAAGUACCAAUAAUGGAUCCUUGCAUCCAAUCAAA